AUGUCAGCUCCCCAGCUCUUCCUCAAGCGCUUCAGGCGCGGAGGGACGCGUGACGCCUCCGCGCGCCUCGGUCCAGCGCGGGAGUUUCCUUCAUCUGCUUUCACCGCGGAUUCCUCAUCUUUUUCUCCACCGUGUUCGUCUCCGUCUGCAUGCACAACCGCUUCUCUGUCCGUAUCGUCUUCCGCCUCGGCUUCCUCUUGUUCUCUCUCUCACGCCGCGCCGGCCUGUGGUUCCUCAUCUCGUCUUGUUUCUCCUCAAUGCUUUCCAUUUUCUUCUGCGGCGCGUGCGCAGUUUGCCAUGCGGAGGAAUUGGUUUGCUUCGAAUCCAAGCGGAGGGUGUUCCUCUCAUGGAUUGCUUCGCCUUUCUUCUCGCGAGCAUCGCGUCGCACUUGCUCCGCGCGAAUCGCAUCUUUCGUCCCCCCCUUGUCCUUCACAGUCGUCGCCGUCGAAAUGCAACUAUGUUUUCGAAGAAGUUCCCCCGUCGCGUUCGAGCGCAUCUGAGUCUGCGCCGUCGCUGCGCUCUUCCUCAGUGCCCUCCUCUGUGAUGCUCGCACUCGCCUCUCGCGCUCUCAGUUCUGUUUGGUGCUUCGGCGUCAUGGCACCGUCUCCUGCGCAAGCGCCGCCGACCUCUCCGCGUGGCUGGGGUCGAUCCUUCUCCACCUUCUCUUCGCUUUCCUCUUCUGGUUAUGCUCACUCGCGGCAGACUGCUUCUUCGUCACCCUCCGCCGAGUCGCGAAGCAAGCACAGGAGCCCGUCCCGAGCGAAGUCUGUCUCCUCUUCGAAUGCCGUUUCCGCGUUCCUUCGCGACGCGCCGCUCAAGCGCCCGCAGCUGCAUGUAAAGGAGUUCGCAGCCGCACAGAUUCGGCGCGGGCGCCCAUGGAUCUUCCGCAGCGACCUCGUCGGCGGAGACGAGUUGGAGGUUCACGCCCCAUGCUUCGUCGACGUGGCGAGCGCCGAGGGACGAGACGGCGAGACGCUCGGCGUCGCUCUCUACAACAGCCAGUCGACCGUCGCCGCGAGGCUGUUCGCGCGAGAGCGCUACCAGCGCAUCGACGCGGGGUACCUGGCGCUGCUACUGCGUCGGGCUGCGGCGCUGCGGCAGCGAUUCUUCACGCAUCCCUUCUUCCGCGUCUGCAACGGCGAGGGCGACGACCUGCCAGGCAUCGUACUCGACAGGUACGGAUCUCAUUUUGUGCUUCAGCUGAAUGCGGCGGGGCUGGACGACUUGCUUCCAGUUCUCCACCCCGUCAUCGAGGAAGUUUUUGAGGCCGAGCUGCGGACGCUGGUGCUUCGAAACGACUCGCCGCUGAGGCUACGCGAGAAGCUGCCUCUAGAAAAAUCCUUCCUCAUCGGCUACCGAGACAGCCCAGUCGAAAUCGUGGAGAACGGCUGCAGCUUUCUAGUCGAUCUUCUCCAGGGCGACCGCACCGGAUGGAACUUCCAGAUGCAGCCGGCGCGAGCGAUGCUCGCGCCGCUUUGCCGCCGCAAAACUGUCCUCGAUCUGUUCUCCCACGGCGGCGCAUUCGGCGUUCAAGCGGCAUCCCAUGGCGCGUCCGCGGUAGUCUGCGUCCAUCCGUCGGCGUCGCCGGUAGCUUUAGGCGAGCAGAGCGUCGAGGCGAACAGUCUUUCAGACCGAGUUGCAUUUUUCCAGGCAGAAAUUCCUGCGUUUCUGCAGCACUUCAAUGCACAGUCCUCCGCAGUUAGUCAGUCAGCCCCACAUGAAACACCCACGCGAGAGAGGAGACCCCACAAUGCGACUAGCCUGCCUUUUGAAGUUGGAAGAGAGGGGCGCCAUUCCUCAGCAGAAAAAGCAGAAAAGGCUGUUGCCGCGUUGCGCGACAUGCGCAUCGAAAAAUUCGAUGUCGUCAUGCUGGACGUGCCUGCGACGCUCGCGGUGCCGACGCCGAGGACGGCCGAAUACCUGGAGGCGCUCGUCGAGGGAGCAAUUAACGCGACAGCAAAGUCAGGGCUUCUGUUGGUUAACGUAGAGAUCACAGCGCUAGGGCGCGUGGAUCUUCUCUCCAUUAUUCGCAGGCAAGUUCACGUCACUGCUGCGGCACAUGCGGUCUUCGACUGCGCGCAGCUCCUCCGCAUCUACGAGAGGCGUGGUUUUACUCAGAUUUAUAGCACGCCCGUCUGUCUGAAUAGGUCUCAUUUCGUGGAUGGGAGAAAGCGAUUCCGGCGUUACACGAGGGAAGUGAUGCACGGCUUGAGUCAGCGCAUCGAUGCCGCGGUCCAGCGGCAUCGAACGCGCAGAACCGCAGGCAUAUAUUUUUAUAUGUGGACGCCGGCGAGGGUUCUCUUCUGUUCAACUUCGUGGGCGUGCAGGUCGCUCCGCGCAUGCGGCGUCGGCGGAGUAGGCCGGCAGGGGAAAGUUCUUGGACAGGGUCUCCAGGCCCGUGACCACCCGAUUCACAUCGCUCUGCCAGAGUCCCGACACACACAGUCGUGCCUGUUGCAUUUGGACUGA